AUGCCGUUCGUAUUGGAAGUGAACAAUGCACCUACCAUCGGCCCUCUCAUGCGCAACCCGUUCCUUAUCCUCCGUCUGGUCUUCUUGGCCCUCUUCACCUUCUUCGCUUUCUUGUCCUUGGUUGUUGCCGCAUGGAAUGUCAAUACCACAUUGUCGUUGGGGGAUUCAUCUCCUACGAGUCCCGGCUUGAUUAUCUUUGGGAGCAGCUUUACGUUUGUCUGUGUGGCCAUCGCUAUGGCAGACUUCUUCAGUCCCAAGUUCAAAACAUCCCAAAUCCAAUCUGAGUGCAUGUGGGUCGGAAUGCUAACUGUGUACAACCUCUCUCUGGCCAUUCUUACCUCGAUCAACGGGCCCGCAGCAUCAUGUAGUCGACUAAGCGAGAGUGCUUGUUCCUCUCUCAUGGUUCUUGUGCCGUUGACCUGGCUAAGCAGCUUCAUUUUCCUGGUCUACUUCUUGACCUUAUUCUUCUGCGCCGUGGCACAUAGAGAUCUUCCUGGAAAUAUCUGGAACAAGACAGCCUACGAAGUCCAGUGGUUUGCGCGGUGGCCAGAAGGCCAGAAGGAACAGCCCUUCCAAAACUUCUUACGCAAGACCAAGCUCUCGGAGGAUGAAGACCCAUAUGCGGAUUAUUACGAGGACAUCGAGUCAACCAGCGCGCGCAAGAACCACUACGGCCUUCGCAACUCCGUCGAGAUCAAGGCACCCUGGGCAAUGGGACAAACACGGCGUGGUGUCGACACGCCAUUCGCCAGACCCUCAGGCACCACCUCCAACCGCUCCUCGCCUACCCUUCUCCCUUCCAUUCCAAGCCGCAGCGCCACGACAGGGGCGGCUGGUUCGCGCUUCGUCGAGAAAUUCCGCGAGUCGAGCAUCCUAGCUCGUUCCGAGAGCCCAUCACACUACCACUACCACGCCCACACGAAUUCGUUCCCUCCAUCCGUCGAAGAUCUCGACAAACCCAUCCCCCUUCCUCGUCUCUCUGAAUGGGUCAGAGCUGAUGGGUUGAAGACGGGGCAUUAA